UGUGACACUCUCAAUUAAAACAUGUUGACUUCAGUGAUACUGAUAAGCUGUCUACUUGGUCUGGGGAGUGCCUGGAACCAACCCAAGACCUGUUAUAUAAGGCAGCCCUCGAUCUCGAGUGGAGCUGAGACAGAGUUGAGGUUGAUCAGAGAAACACUGCAAAUUAUUGCAGACACACUUCGUGGCAUUUCAACACCAAGUCCAACAAUCUAUCCCACAGGGACUGAGCCACAGACGAUGUCGACACAAGGGACAGUUACUGCUGAAUCAUCCACUGCACCUUUCACUAACCCAACGAUUGAUACUACUACAUCUUCAUCAACUGAACCACCUUCAACAACAAUACUUGCUACAAGCGCCAAUCCUUUAACAACUGGAACGAUUGCUUCGGAACCAAGUACUUCCCCUCCCGUCCAAACUACUCAACAACCUCCAACAACUUCCCCUCCCGUCCAAACUACUCAACCUAUUUCGGAACCGAGUACUUCCCCUCCCAUCCAAACUACUCAACCUCCAACAACUUCCCCUCCCGUCCAAACUACUCAACCUAUUUCGGAACCGAGUACUUCCCCUCCCGUCCAAACUACUCAACAACCUUCAACAACUUUCUCUCCCGCCCAAACCACUCAACCUAUUUCAGAACCGAGUACUUCCCCUCCCAUCCAAACUACUCAACCUCCAACAACUUCCCCUCCCGUCCAAACUACUCAACCUAUUUCGGAACCGAGUACUUCCCCUCCCGUCCAAACUACUCAACAACCUUCAACAACUUUCUCUCCCGCCCAAACCACUCAACCUAUUUCAGAACCGAGUACUUCCCCUCCCAUCCAAACUACUCAACAACCUCCAACAACUUUCCCUCCCGUCCAAACUACUCAACCUAUUUCGGAACCGAGUACUUCCCCUCCCAUCCAAACUACUCAACCUCCAACAACUUCCUCUCCCGUCCAAACUACUCAACAACCUCCAACAACUUUCUCUCCCGUCCAAACUACUCAACCUAUUUCAGAACCGAGUACUUCCCCUCCCAUCCAAACUACUCAACCUCCAACAACUUCCCCUCCCGUCCAAACUACUCAACCUAUUUCAGAACCGAGUACUUCCCCUCCCAUCCAAACUACUCAACAACCUCCAACAACUUCCCCUCCCGUCCAAACUACUCAACCUAUUUCAGAACCGAGUACUUCCCCUCCCGUCCAAACUACUCAACAACCUUCAACAACUUCCCCUCCCGUCCAAACUACUCAACCUAUUUCAGAACCGAGUACUUCCCCUCCCAUCCAAACUACUCAACCUCCAACAACUUCCUCUCCCGUCCAAACUACUCAACAACCUUCAACAACUUUCCCUCCCGUCCAAACUACUCAACCUAUUUCGGAACCGAGUACUUCCCCUCCCAUCCAAACUACUCUACCACCAACAACUUCCCCUCCCGUCCAAACUACUCAACAACCUUCAACAACUUCCCCUCCCGUCCAAACUACUCAACAACCUUCAACAACUUCCUCUCCCGUCCAAACUACUCAACAACCUCCAACUUCUUAACACCAACGUUUGAAUUAAGUAAUGUUCAACAAACUCGAACAAUUCUAAAGUGCCUCCAGUGGCUUCUUGUACCGUACAAUUACAUGUAGAGAUCGAUCCACAUUUGUGCAUUUACAUGUAUCAUGCAUA